GCAUGGGAGCAUGUUUCCAAAAUGGCGGAUCCAUUAAGCUUGCUACGGCAGUUCAAUGUCAACAAAAAGGAUAUUUUAGAGAAAAACGACCAGAUUAUUUUUGAUGAAUACUCGUGGCCAAAGACAGUGAAAACAAACUACUUCAUAUGGGGAUCUGGAAAGGACGGCACCCCGAGGGAUUACUACACGCUUCAGUGUUUGUUGUUUCUUCUAAAAAAUGUUCAUCUGUCUCACCCAGUUUACGUCCGGCAAGCGGCUGCAGAAAACAUCCCUGUGGUACGUCGUCCUGACAGAAAGGAUAUUCUGGCAUACCUCAAUGGGGAGACGGCGGCAUCUGCAAAUAUCGACAAGAGUGCCCCAAUCGAAAUUCCCACUCAAGUCAAGAGAACAGCCGACGAGCCUCAAAAUGAAAUCACCAAGAAGCCACGAUUGGAAGGCACACAAGUGCAGAGAGCGAAGGAGCAGUUCUCGGCACGCUUGGACGCCCCAAAAGAAGCCCCUGUUGUCACUGAACAAAUUAGGUCUCUCUCAGAAGCCAUGUCCGUGGAGAAAAUUGCCGCAAUUAAAGCAAAGCGUCUGGCCAAGAAGCGAGCCACCAUUAAGGGGGAUGAUGACCUGGGACUGCAGGACAUGCAGGGUAUCUUGGAAUAUGACGUGGAUGUCACACGUGAUAUCUUAAGUCGGGAACGACAAUGGCGCACGAGAGCUACAGUUCUCCAGAGCACCGGCAAGAACUUCGCAAAGUCCAUAUUCCCCAUCCUUCAAUCAAUCAAAGUACGGGAAGAAGGCGGUACAAAGCAGCAACAACCGGAACCGACUCAAGCCCCAAGGGCAACUCCCGUCCGUGCCGUACCGCAACCAGCGGUGUAUAACAGAUACGAUCAGGAACGUUUCCGUGGCAAAGAAGAAACCGAGGGAUUCAAAAUCGACACUAUGGGCACGUAUCACGGCAUGAACCUGAAGUCUGUGACAGAGGGCACUCAGCCCAAGCGUCCUCCAGCAACUCCCUCUACGCCUGCGGUUGCAGUAGCGAACCAACCAACCACCACAUCUCAGGUGCCCAGGCCCGUGCCCAAGCGAGUGUCCAGGACGCCGAUCAUCAUCAUUCCAGCAGCUACGACAUCACUCAUCACAAUGUACAAUGCCAAAGACAUCCUUCAGGACCUCAGGUUUGUCAGUACAGAUGAGAAGAAGAGCCAAGGAUGUAAACGGGAAAACGCUGUACUGAUCCAGCGUCGCCGCAACGGGGGAACCACUGUGUCUUACAGGGUGAUUGACAACCCUACGAAUUUGGCUAAUGAGGACUGGGAACGAGUGGUCGCCGUUUUCGUUCAAGGGCCGGCCUGGCAGUUUAAGGGGUGGCCGUGGGGAGGGAACCCCAUUGAAAUCUUUUCCAGAGUCAAGGCAUUUCACUUGAAGUGGGAUGAGAUCACAUUGGACAGCAAUGUGGCAAAAUGGGCAGUGCACGUCAUCCAACUCAGCAGGCAGAAGCGCCACCUGGAUAGAGCAAACCUUCUCAAUUUUUGGGAAGUUCUCGACAGGGUGGAGUUCAAAAGAUCUUGGAUGCAUGAUUCUGUGCGAAAUGCAUAAUAUAUGUAUGUAAGAAAGUACACCUGUAUUAAAGUUGUCGUGUUUGAUUA